CGCAGCGCGCCGAGGAGUAAAAGCAGUAGCCGCAGGGGCGCAAAGCCAAGCUGUGUCAGCUGUAUUGACUCGGCGGGGGCCCACCGGUCAGCCUGCGAACGUUCCUUCUUCCGCCGGAUAUUUUAAAAGCCAAGCAGCUCCCUUCCGUUACUUUCCGAGUCGCCGCCGCUUCCAGCUCCUCCGCCGCGCUACACCGUCGAGCUCCUCGCCGGCACAGUCCCGCCACCGUCUCCGUGGGCCACGAGGGAGCCGCUCGGUUUCCCCAGGGACCCUGCUCCGGCGCCAUGGCUUCCAGAAACCCUCCGCUAGUCACUCAUGUUGAUCCCGACGCCCCUCCUGGGAGAAAAGCACCAGACAUUGGCAACAGGCAUAUCUACGAUGGGAACUUCCUGUGUUGAUGACACAGACCUGGAAGAUGUUAAGGCCUCAAAAGAUAGAGAUAUGCCUUCACACUUACUCAUGCUCCCAAACAUUCAGAAUCAGUCCCUUCUGUCUGGUUUUGCUUACUGCAUAGCAUCCUGCAGCAUGAUUUUAGUUAACAAGUUUGUGCUGUCUGGCUAUGGUUUCAACGCUGGAAUAUUCCUGAUGAUUUACCAGAACAUUGUAUCAGUGACCAUAGUUUCUGCACUGUCCCUCUCUGGUGUUAUCCCAACUGAACCAUUAACAUGGAAGUUAAUCAAAGUUUGGUUGCCUGUGAACAUUAUAUUUGUCGGGAUGCUAAUCACAAGCAUGUUUAGUUUGAAGUACAUCAAUGUUGCGAUGUUGACUAUCUUGAAGAAUGUGGCAAAUGUUCUUACUGCUUCUGGGGAAACCUACUUCUUUAAGAAGCAACACGAUCGACAAGUUUGGAUUUCUCUUAUGUUGAUGAUAAUCUCAGCAAUUGCAGGAGGAAUAACGGAUCUCUCAUUUCAUGCAGUCGGCUAUACAUGGCAGAUCUUAAAUUGUUUUCUGACAGCAUCGUAUUCGCUUACACUGCGGCAUGUAAUGGACAGUGCGAAGCAGGCCACCAAGUCUGGGAAUUUGAAUGAGCUUUCGAUGGUUUUGCUGAACAACGUUCUUUCACUACCAUUGGGAAUUAUCCUCGUGCUUGGUUUUAAUGAAGUUGAGUACCUGUUGGAAACGCCUCUUCUGAGGAUGCCUAUGUUUUGGCUAGUCAUCACUGCAAGCGGAGUUUUGGGGCUUGCUAUCAGCUUUACUUCCAUGUGGUUUCUUCGUCAGACAAGCGCAACAACUUAUAGCCUUGUGGGGUCUCUCAACAAGAUCCCGCUCUCUAUCGCCGGGAUCCUGCUCUUCAAAGUCCGCACAAGCAUGGAGAACUCCAUAAGUAUACUGCUUGGUCUAUUAGCAGGGGUGUUUUUCGCCAGGGCGAAAUUGCGCAACAACUCCCAGUCCUAAGCUGUCGGCCAAGCUGUAUAUAUAGGUGCGAGGUUCUUUCCCAGUUGGCAAAGGAGGGAGACAACAUCAUGUUAGUUAGCCUGGGGCUCAUGUUUUCCUUUUCUUUUCUUCUGGGCGACGACCUGAACCCUGCUGUUGCUCGAAUGGUGGUGGUAUACGUCUUAAUUGUUGCAUGUAUGAUACAGUCAUGCAGAUAGGUACUGCUCAAAUCCCUGGUGGUGGUGGUGGGUGGGUUGAUGCACUCCAAUGUGUAUAUGUCUAUAUGAGAAGUGCACCAGCUCUGAGUACUGCAAUCUGCAGUGGCAAAGCCCUUUGAUCCUCUGCAUCAUAGAAAACCUUAACCAACGCAUGUUUGAUUGCACCAUGAUGGACAAAACAUAGCACUGCAUAUAUUUUUUUCUAAGGAGAUAACUUAUGUUUUUUUUAGUCUGUCGACUAAACAUGGCCACAAAUUGUGGUCUACGUCGGCGGCACGAUAUGAAAACACUAGUGUUCACCUGACGUGUGAAAUUGACAUUUUUCCAAGUUCAAGAGCUGGAACUCGACUUUUAAAUAGUUCAUUCGGAUUAAA